CUAUUACUUUGAUAUAUUCAAACACCGUAGUGCAAAAAUGAAGGUGUUUUUCGGAGUUUUGAUCGUUCUGGUAGUUCUCACUUUGGCUGAAGGAGGUAAGAAAGGAAAGCUGGAUCCAGGAGCCCGCAAAGCAGCCCGCAAAGCAGCUAGAGCAGCAAGGAAAUGUAACAAGAUGAACAAAAAGUUUGAAGGAUGUUUGGAAAAGGGCUACAACUCUAUUUGUGACGAAUCUGUUGAUAACAAUGAGGAAGAGGAAGUUGUUGUAAAUCAUUGUCCUACUGAUUUUCCUAACGUGUACUACAACGGCCAGCACUGCUGUGCUUCGAACAUGGAGAAGGUCUACGCUCCUCAGGGUGCCCAAUGUGACGGCAGUGUGAUUCAGAGAGACAGUUUGUGUUGCGCGGGAGACCAGCACACACCCUGCCCCGGUGGAAACUGUGAGAGCAACCCAGCACCCACACCAGAUAUACCUCAAUGUCCUGCUUCUCAUCCUAACGUGUACUACAACGGCCAGCACUGCUGUGCCUCGAACAUGGAGAAGGUCUACGCUCCUCAGGGUGCCCAAUGUGACGGCAGUGUGAUUCAGAGAGACAGUUUGUGUUGCGCGGGAGACCAGCACACACCCUGCCCCGGUGGAAACUGUGCAAGCUACCAACCAUCUAGGAGUAAGCGAGAAUCAGAACCUGAGGAAGCACCACUAAGUAAGAAAGAGUUGAAGAAGUGCGCAAGAGUCGAGAGAAACCUUAUGAAGAAAUGUGACUACGAGUGUUAAAUCUGAGGAGAUGACCACGUGAUGCCCAUAUAAGUAGAUGACCACAAAG